AUGAAGGGAUACCCCUUAUUCCUUUGCCUCUUCUCCAUGUCGUGUUGGUUGAAUUUGAUGCCGACAGCCGGGAACAAAAUCUUCCACUUUGGACCCUGCAGGAUUUCCAUGAGUGUGACUGAGAUUAGGUCUGGUUUCACUGCGAUUAAAACCAACAUCCAAGCCAGGGACCCCAUCAGGACCCUCAGCAUCUUGUCGUACCCCCACUCCCUACACAAGGUUAAGUCUGCAAACAGAUGCUGCAUCGCCCGUCGCCUCAUCAACUUCUACAUGGACAAAGUUUUCAAACACUGUCAGACCGAGGACUCGUAUGUGAACCGAAAAAUCAGCAGCAUAGCCAACUCCUUCCUCAGCAUGAAGAGGAAUCUCGGGCAGUGUCAUAAGCAAAAUAAGUGUCUGUGUGGACAGGAAUCCACUAAGAAAUUUAAGCAAAUACUUGCGAACUAUGAGAGGCUGAAUGUCACAUCCGCAGCAAUGAAAUCCCUGGGCGAGCUGGACAUCUUCCUCGACUGGAUGGAGAAAUCUGCUUAG